UCAACCAACUACUUCCUCUUUCAUUUUUUGAUCAAAUCAAACAUCAUAUUAGAAAUGUCUUUGACAGGUAUUUAGUUGCUUUAAAUACAAUAAUUAUCUUAAUUAUUAAGCAAGAGAGUGAAUCAAUUAAUACUUUUAAUACAGUUACAAAGUCAGAACAUUUAUUGAAUCAUUAUUAUUGUCACCUUCCUUCUUCUGACAUAUAAGAUUCAGGGCCCAGUGACAAGCUGGUGCCCAUGACCUGAGCUAAGCCUAACACCACCCAUGUGUUCAUGCCAAUUUAUAUACUAAAAAAAAUACAAAUGAAAACACCAUCACCACUUGAAUUGAAUUUUUCUUUAUGUUAAAACAUAUGAAAAUUACAGACAAAAGGGUAAACUAAAAAUGAAAACAAUUCCAAAUAAGCAUUGUUAACAUUAUACCCAUGUCAUUGCUUGUGAGAUGUGAUUCGAUAUUGAAUUGUACUAAUUAGGAUAUGUCAUUUAUUUCUUAUAUUACCCUUUAACAACUCUAGUUUUGAAUAGGUAAUGGGUAUAGGUUUAGUUUAGCUUAGAUACAUGGCUGUAAAACCGUGCGUACACGCUAAAGACUCAGUUUUUAGCUUACGUUUUCCAAGAAAAUUUAGCUCACAAAGGUGAAAACUUUCAUCACAACAAUGAGUCACACCCACAAUAAAGACAGAACAUUUAAGUGGCUAGUCAUUAGUUGAACAACCUCCUUUUCAAGAGGCCUAAAUUCAGCUCAACAACCCUAAUUACUCCUCUGUUGAUUUCUAUAUCAACCCUUUAAAACCCCCAAUUCACAGCACAAAACACAAACCCUAAUUAUUCCUCUAUUGGGUUUCUAUAUCAACCCACCAAAACCCCCAAUUUACACACAAACCCUAACCCUAACCCUAAGAAAGUUGAAAUCGAGUGUAUCAGAGACAAUCACCUUUAAAAAAUGGCGAGCGAAGACGAGCGUGCGGGAGCGGAGAUCGUGUACGGCCCGGAGGAGUGCCAGCGCAGAUCAAUUGAGCUUCUUGAGGAAUUAGGGUUUCCAAAAGGGGUUCUUCCAUUACAAGAUUUGGAAGAAUGUGGAAGAGUGAAAGAGACUGGUUUCGUUUGGAUGAAACAGAAAGCACCGUACGAACACUUCUUUGAGAAGACUAAUACUAGGGUUAGCUACGCGGUGGAGGUGACGGCGUAUGUGGAGAAAUUCAAGAUGAAGAAGAUGAGUGGGGUUAAGAGCAAGCAAAUGUUUUUAUGGGUUCCGAUUGUGGAGAUGAGCAUUGAAGAUCCGGCCAAGAAGAAAAUUUACUUCAAAACCCCAAUGGGUAUUGGGAAAUCUUUUCCGGCGACGGCGUUCAUGACGGAGGAGGAGAAAGAGAAGUACUUGGAGGAGAAGAAGAAUAAGGCUCUUAUGGAAGCUUGAAAACUCCAAUGGCGGUUUUUCUCGUUGUAAUUUUUUUUUAAAUAAAAUUUCAAAAUUAUAUAAAUACAAUGAAAAUUUACAUGUGUGGUAUAAUAUACUAAGUAGAGAGGUGUUAUAUAUUAUUUUUCAAUUAAAUAUUGUUAUGGCCUAGCACUA